AUGUUCGCGUGGUUAACGGGAACGGAGACGACGCCUCCGGCCUUCCUUGAGUUGCGAAGUUCGUAUUGGCUGAUCCUUGUUACUGUCUCCGCUGCCAUUUUUACGGAUGUCUUCUUGUACGGCAUCAUUGUGCCUGUGCUGCCGUUCGCCCUUCACGGUCGUGCUGGGAUUGCAGAGAAUGACGUCCAGCCUACGAUAUCAAUUCUGCUGGCUGCGUACGGGGGAUCGUUAUUAGUUGGAGCACCCAUAUGUGGGUGGGCAUCUGAUCGGUUCGACUCGCGUCGCUGGCCGUUCAUGGUCGGAUUGCUGGCGUUGGCUGGGUCGACGGUAUUCUUGGUUGUCGGUAAUAGUCUUGCUCUCAUCGUUGUUGGCCGUGUCCUCCAAGGUCUUUCGGCAGCGGUGGUUUGGGUUGUUGGACUGGCGUUGCUCAAUGAUACUGUUGGUUCCGAUGCUAUCGGAGAAGCGAUGGGUGUUGUUGGUAUCGCGAUGUCGAUGGCCUAUUUGCUUGGUCCCCUCUUGGGUGGUAUCGUCUUCAAGCAAUCGGGAUAUUAUGCCGUUUUCGCCAUGGCAUUUGGACUUUUGGGUCUUGAUGCUAUUCUCCGUUUGAUCAUGAUCGAGAAGAAAGUAGCCCAGAAAUGGCUGGGAACGAAGGCAGUUGAAGUAUCUACAGAUGAUGAACACAAAGGCAGCACAAACGACGAUCUUGAAGCUGACCCGGAGUGUAACACACCCGAAGAUACUGAGACACCUGCAGUGACACCUACGAAACGUAAGGUUCCUACAGUGUUCUCUCUACUCUCGUCGUACAGACUCGAUGCCGCUCUCUUCGGAUGCUUCAUCUCCGCCGCCUUGCUUACCUCCUUCGACUCCAUCUUGCCUUUGUACGUCAACGAACUCUGGGGCUGGGAUUCUAUCGGAGCUGGUCUGGUCUUUCUGGCCGUCACCAUUCCGUCCUUUGUUGGUCCUUACAUCGGCAAAUAUGCCGAUACACAUGGAGCCAGAUGGCUGACUGCAGUCGGCUUCAUCGUCACGGGUCCCUGCUUCAUCCUCUUCCGCCUUGUCGACCAUGACAGCAUUCGCCAAAAGGUGCUUCUCUGCGCACUUCUCGCCAUAGUCGGACUCGGUGUCACUUUAUCGCUCACGCCAUUGAUGGCAGAAGUCUCAUAUGCGGUAGAAGCACAAGGAGCCAAGCGACCGGCUGGCUUCUUCGGUAGAAACGGCGCUUUCGGUCAGGCAUUCGGACUGUUUAACAUGGCAUACGCGGCUGGCACCAUGGUUGGACCUAUACUAGCUGGUUUCAUCAAGGAGAAAGAUGGAUGGGGUACUGCGACACUUGUACUCGGUUGCCUGUCUCUAAUCACCACAGUACCGACAUUAAUCUGGUGUGGAGGAUCGAUCUUCAAGUUGAGGAGAAAACAAAAGGCGGAACAGAUUUUGAAACACGAUGAGGAGCAUGCGGAGAAGGUGGAGAAGGCUUUGAAAGAGGAGGAGGAAGAGAAGACAAAAAGAGCUGCCCAGGAUGAGGAGAAGAAGAGAAGUACGAAUACGAGUCCGGACACCAGCACGAGUACGAGUACGAGUACAAGUACGAGAACAAGUGUUGUGGUGGAUAUUUGA